AUGCUCCGCGAGGAAAUUUUAGAGCUCAUUAGAAUUUCGUCAGGAGUUAAUGUGGGUGAAGUGUGCGAACACCUGUCCCCCUACGAGAGCGACCAGCUGGGCCGUUCCUCGCACUCGCCCUCAGUCGCCCCCAGUCGCUCUCUCGCUCGCGCGCCGACCUUCCGACCAGGGCGAGCGGGAAUCUCCUCUGCCGAGAUGGCUACUUCCCGAGUCGCCGUCCUCUUCCUUGUUCUUGCCUGCGCUGGACUCACUUCCAGUUUCUUCCUAUUUCGAAGCGAAGCGGAAGUGAAAGAGAAAGAAGGAAAUAUUGAUGAUACCGGUGUUAAGCAAAAGAGAGAAGAUAAACACAAGAAUGAAGAUGACGAUGAUGAUGAUGAAGAUGAAGAUGAUGAAGAUGAAGAUGACGAUGAAGAUGACGAUGAUGAUGACGACGACGACGAUGAUGAUGACGAUGAUGAUGACGAUGAUGACGACGAUGAUUAUGACGAUUAUUACGAUUUCAUGGACGCUGAAUUAUGAUGUAAAAAGUGCAGAGAAAAUAAGAUUACUCAAUAAAUACUUAAGAUUAUAAAGCAA